GAGAAAUAACCUGAAAUUUAACAUGCAUAUUCAGGCUUUCAAAUACACAUUACAUGGAAAAGAAAAAUUCUUCAACAAACUCACAUCAAAUUCACAGAUCUACAACUAAAAAGAGUAAACAAACAACAAAUAUACUGUAUAUAUCGAUGGCAGGAUCUCGAGGCCAGACCGGAGUCCGAUCUGAGGUACCCCACCCAAGGGAUAGUCCCCGGAUCCGAUCUAACUUCCACUAGAUCCCUCGUUUACAGGGUUUACCUAGCAAAAGGAGGCUGAAAUAUCCCCGGAACCUUGCCGGAAUCACCUCGGUUUUUUUAUCUCUCUUUUCUCCCAAAACCCAGAACGAUGAAAACCCAAAAAUCCCCCUGAAAUCCGAUUUUUUCUCCUCUUUAUACCAAAAUUAACAUAACCCACAGUCACCUGCGAUCCUUCGAUCUACCCUUUUCUUUUCUCCCCACCGUAGAUCGGAUAAGACAAAGCCUUUUCACCGGUUUUCCUCCUACAAGCUCUGGUCUCUGCAGCAAAAGCAAAGGACGAAGAGGGGUCGCCGAUUUGUCUGGUGUGCAGAGCUUCUGAGACGUGGGGCCCUCUUGGAAAUUCAAUUCUGUUCGCAAUCUUUCUCUGUGUUCAAGCGUAAUGGCUGAAAUUGCCCUUACCUUCCUCAGCCCUGUCAUUGAGGAGGCAAUUUCCAAGAUAUUUUCGUUUGUUAGGGAACGAAUCGGGAAUGCACUGGGUUUGGAGGAGAAGCUUAAUAAGCUUCGCAGUUCUCUCAAUUUGAUUCAAUCCCUCCUCCAACGAGCUGAACAAAGGCAAGAAAAUGAUCCAGCUAUAAGGGAUUGGCUACAGAAUCUCGAAAAGGUAGCUUAUAAGGCAUUGAAUGUACUGGAUGAGUGUGAGUACAAGGUUCUUAAGCACAAAGUUAAGAAUCGUUGGCAGCUCUUGAAACCUGUCAUCUUUUCUCCCAAGUUUCGUAGUCAUAUGACUAGCGAAAUCAAGCACAUUACUGAUGAGUUGGACUAUUUGCAAGGCUUGGCUCCCAUGAACCAUGAUCAACCUGGUGGUCACAUUCAGCGAAUUGUCAAAUUGUUGCUUAACCUGAGGAGCAGUCAACAUAAGAUCUCUGGCAUUUCCAUAGUAGGUAUGGCUGGGGUUGGAAAGACAACAAUAGCAAGAUCAUUGUACAGGAAAGCAAAGGAAGAAAAGCUCUAUGAUCUAAUGGCUUGGGUGUGUGUAUCUGAGGACUUCAAUGAUCAAAUAAUUUUGGUAGAGAUGUUAGAGCAUUUUGGUGGUAAUGCUGCUCCUAGGAAUAGUAUGAAUGCAUUGCUUGAAGGGCUUGCCAAAGUGUUAGAGAACAAAACUUUUCUUCUCAUUCUUGAUGAUGUAUGGAAUGAAGAUCCUAAAAAUUGGGAUUCUUUCAGCUCUCAUUUGUUCAAAAUUCUAAAAACAAACGGGAGCUCUAUUGUUGCAACAACUUGCAGUGAAAAGGUAACAUCUGUGAUGGAGUCAAUUCCUAUGCAAAGCUAUAAAAUGCAGGGGCUAUCAGAUAAUGAAUGUUGGUUGAUAAUCAAGGAGAAGUUUCUUAGAUCAUCCAUAGAUACUUCUUCAAUGCCUCCAAAUUUGGAAGCUAUUGGACAGGACAUCGCAAAACGAUGUGGGGGUUCACCAUUAAUUGCAAGUGUUAUCGGAGGGACAUUAAAUCGUCAAGCCAAUGCAGAUGCGUGGGAGGCUAUCAAAAAUGAUGAAGCUUGGAAAUUUAAUUCUGGGGCUGGAGAUGAGAUUUUGCCUGUAUUGAAAAUAAGUUUUGAUCGCUUACCAUCUCCUUUAAAAAAAUGCUUUUCUUACUGUGCAAUUUUUCCAAAGGAUUUUGUCAUUGAAAUAGAUGACUUAGUUCAACAGUGGAUGGCUGUUGGAUUUCUUCACCAAUCUAAUGGAAGCUCCACAAUGGAAGAUAUUGGUAAUAACUAUUUUAAACACUUGUUAGCCAAUUCCUUAUUUCAAGACGUGGAAAUGGAUGAAUAUGGGAAUAUCACAUUUUGCAAGAUGCAUGAUGCAGUACAUGAUCUUGCAAUGUUUGUCUCAAAAGGUGAAGUUUUGAUUUGGGAGGAGUCUGGUUGCGAUAUUGAUGAGAAUUCUAAAGUUCGACACUUGAGAAUUAAGGCAGAGGGAAAAGUGUCUCCAACCAUUCCAGGAGCCAUUCUAGAAGGGUUGCAUUCUUUGUUCUCAAGUGUUCAUGCUUUCAAAAGCAUGGCAUCUGAUUUGAAAACCUUGCGAUCUUUAAAAUUAGUAGGAGAUGACACAAAAUAUUUAUCAAAUUCUUUAGGCCAAUUGAAGCAUUUGAGAUACUUUGACAUCUCAAGAACUGAAUUCAAUGUCCUACCGACGUCCUUCACUAAGCUCUUCAAUUUGCAGACUUUAAAACUCAUGCAGAGUUCUCUUCUUCUGAAAUUCCCUAAUGAUAUGAAAAAUCUGAUUAGCUUGAGGCAUUUUUAUUUCAGUAGUGAAAAGCAUAUGCCAAAGGAGAUUGGGCACUUGACUUCCCUUCAAACAUUACCACUAUUUGUUGUGGGAGCAGAAAAGGGAUAUAGAAUUGAAGAACUUGGAUGCUUAAGCCAACUGCGAGGGGAAUUGGGCAUUCGGGGACUUGAAGAUGUAGGAUCCAAAGUUGAAGCCUCUAAAGCAAAAUUAAAAGAAAAGAAAAAGUUGCAGGGGUUGACAUUUAGAUGGAGUGAAAAGAGAGAAGCCAACAACAACAUCAACGAUGAAGAGGUUCUAGAAGGUCUUCAAACUUAUCCAAAUUUGGUUAUUGAGUAUUACCAGGGAAAGAACUUCCUGUCAUGGAGGGAGGGUGGUGUCAAUAGUUCACUCAACAACUUAAUGAACUUGGAGCUAUACCAUUGCAAUGAAUGCUUAUAUCUUCCGAGCCUCGGUCUAUUGCGUAAUCUCCAGUUUCUUAAAAUUGAGGAGAUAAGGGAGGUAAAAAGCAUCGGUAGCAAGUUCUAUGUGGAUCAAAGCAACAGUGAUGAUGGAGUAGGAUCGGCUACACAAUUCCCAGCUUUAAGAGAAUUUAGUGUAGAAUAUAUGAAUAGGCUGGAGGAAUGGGUAGAGGUAGAAGGCGUGACCGUGUUUCCUUGUCUUGAGAAGUUGAUUAUUGAGAAUUGUCCUAGGAGCAUUCCAGAGGAGUGCGUGGGUAGACUCACCUCCUUGAAGCGGUUAUCGCUAGGUGGUUUCUGGUCGGAGUUGGAGGAAUUUCCUGGACUAACGUCCAUUCAUCAACUCCACGCCUCCCUUGAAGAAUUGGUAUUGAUAGGAUGGGAUAAACUAAAGUCUCUGCCACAUCAGCUUCAACAUCUCACUGCCCUCAAGGAAUUGAAGUUAUGGAACUUCAGUGGUCUGGAAGCUUUGCCAGAGUGGUUGGGAGAGCUCUCGUGUCUUCACAACCUGCGGAUUUGUGAUUGCUCUAAUUUGACUCAUCUGCCUUCUAUUGAAGCCAUGCGACGCCUCUCCAACUUACAAUCUCUUGACAUUUGUUUUGUCCCAAAUUACAAGGAAGAUGUGCCAAAGAGAGCGGCCCCGAAUGGGCCAAGAUUUCCCACAUGCCCAACAUCGGAAUAAAUUUUUAGCGCCUCCAGCGGCAAUCCGAAUGAGAGAGUGAGGAUUGGGGGUGGUAUUGACCGUGAUUGGGCCGCUCAGAGUUAUAGAAGCUAGCAAGUCUUCAAAUUCUAUACUGUAUAUUAUUUUCUUUAAAUUAAUAGCUUUUAUUUUUUGGCAUUAAAACACACGGAGUGCGAUUCUUUCAAGUUAUGUCUGAUGCAUCUAAACACAUUAAAGUGUAAAGCUUGAGGGUGUGAGAACCCAGUAGCAGGAGUAAUUACUACAUGCUUUCGGUUUUUAAGUCAACGCGAUACUAUUUUUGUUCGAACUUUCCCAUUAUGUUCUUCCCAACAAUGUAAGACAUGGUGGAAUCAAGGACUUGCAGAAUUAAGGGGGAGAUGAAGAAUGUGAAGAAGAUAUUUCAGUUCUCUUUUCUCUGGUGGACUGUUUGGGAUAUGCAACUAAACAGAAAAAUCAUGCCAAGAUAAUGUCUUCAAACAUAUGUGCCUGCAGUAUAUGCCAAUUGCCAAGAUAUUCCUUUUUCCUCUUACCAUACAAUGUUUCAGUUCAAGUAUACUUGAAACACCUUCAGGGUUCUGUGACAAAGGACUCAUGUGCUGUCUCUGAAUCCUUCUAUCUUUAGCAUGUCUCUUGUGGGGAAGCCUUUCUGUUUCAGGUUAGAGCUUCACUGUUUUGGCAUUUGCUACUCUGCAUAUGUUUUGACUCAUGUAUAGUUUCUAGGGGAAAUGAAGAAUAUGAUUGUGC